GGUUAGAGGGGAAGCUUUAAUGACGUAUGCAGGUGACGUCACUGAUCCGUAAAACGGUAACUGCCACUGUAACCGAAGUCUGAUGGAGUGUAAUAGGCGGUAACUGAAGUCUAACCUUAAAUAAUUUGUGUGACAAGACAUGUGUUCUGGUUGUGAAUAUGGAAGAAUAUGUAGAAAUAAAUCUCAAUCAUCAGGGAGAAGAUUUAACGGCAAUAGUACCGUAUGAAACGGCACAAGUCUUAUUAAAUGAUCCUGAUGCUGCUAAAGAGUUCAUAAAUACGCUUGAACCAAAUAAUAUGGAUGGUUUAGAACUUCAGAACGAGGGUAGUCAAGAAGAUCUCCCCAAGUCAAUGGUGUGGUCCAGCAAAAAACCAUCCAAGAGGGACCACGAUGCAACCAAAUUUUUUCUACGAAUAAGAGUGGAAUAUUCUCACAAGUUUGACGACAGGAAAACUAUUAAAGGACAAAUUUGGUCCUUAAUAGCAAAGAAAAUGAAUGAAAAUGGUUUUUACGUUGGAGAAGGAAGAGAUGCUGUUGAAAAAUGCAGAAUGAAAUUUGCCAACCUUCAGAAGCAAUAUUUAAACCACAUGAAUCAUUUAAAGAAAACAGGAGCGGAACACAAAAGUGAACCGCUCUAUUUUUCUGAAAUGCACAGCAUCUUAGGUGGAAAAGAUAAGGUCUGCCCUCAAAACCUUCAGAGUACUGAGGAGAAUAUGAGACAGACUAAUUCAGAAGAUAUCUCACAAUAUGAAGAAGUGACCUAUAAUACUCAGGAAAUGCUUCAUGAGGAGGAGAUUGCCAGCAGCAGCAGCAGCAGUAUCGAUAGCUCUCAGAUAAAAAGUAGAUUUACAGCUAAGAAGAGUAUUAAACCUAGAAGUUUAAAUAUGGCUCUUGUGGAAACAAUGGAAAAAAUACAUAACGAAAACUCAGAAUUGAGAAAAAAUGAGUUCGAAGAAUUGAGAGCCCUGUUAGAAACUCAGAACGCCCAAAGAGAGAGAUUUCUUGCCUGUUUCCAAUUGUUCGUAAAAUCACAAAAAAGAAAACGAACUACAGACUCCUCGGAGGAAAGUUCCUAAUUUAGAAAUAUUUGUGAUAUAGAGUGUAAGUUUAAGUUUUAUAGACCAACUAUAUUUCACAUAAUGUUUAGAAUAAAAAUUUUGUUAAUUAGUUAGUUAUAGAAGGAA